GCAACCCUCAUGGCCCCGUUCAAGAAGGAAAAUCCACUACAUUCAGUGAUCGCGGGGUCCACUGCUGGAGCCAUUGAAGCGUUUGUAACCUACCCCACUGAAUUCGUGAAAACGCGCUCCCAGUUCAGCGGAAAGAGAGAAAGUCCCAUCGCCAUAAUUCGAGAAACUCUGCGCACAAAAGGCAUUACUGGUCUCUACUCUGGAUGCACAGCUCUUGUUGUCGGCAACUCCGUCAAAGCUGGGGUAAGAUUCGUGACAUAUGAUCACUUCAAGAAUAUGCUGGCCGACUCUGAGGGAAAAGUUAGCGCUCCGAGAAGUUUACUUGCUGGUCUGGGAGCCGGCAUGAUGGAAGCAAUCUUCGCUGUUACGCCCUCAGAGACUAUCAAGACCAAACUCAUCGACGAUGCUAAGCGACCUAAUCCUCAAUACCGCGGUUUGGUGCACGGAAGCAUCUCUAUAGUCAGGGCGGAGGGCAUUUUUGGUAUAUACCGCGGCCUCUUCCCAGUCAUGAUGCGCCAGGGCGCCAACUCCGCUGUACGAUUCACCACCUACUCGACCAUCAAGCAGUUUGUUCAGGGCCAGGCCCGACCGGGGCAAACCCUCCCCGCAACAAUCACGUUUGGGAUUGGUGCUAUCGCGGGACUGGUCACAGUCUAUACUACGAUGCCUCUCGACGUUAUCAAAACCAGGAUGCAGACUCUAGAAGCCAGAUCGCAAUACCGAAAUUCCUUCCAUUGUGCCUACCGUAUCUUUACAGAGGAAGGUAUACUCCGUUUCUGGACCGGCACAACUCCGAGGUUGGCCAGACUAGUUAUGGCUGGAGGAAUUGUCUUCACUGUCUACGAAAAUGUCAUCUCCCUACUCAAUCCUCGUCAGCAGGAAUAA